AUGGAGCGGAGGUGGGUCUUCGUGCUGCUCGACGUGGUGUGCGUUCUGGUCGCUUCUCUACCCUUUAUCAUCCUGACGCUGGUGAAUACCCCAUACAACCGAGGAUUUUACUGUGGGGAUGAUUCCAUCCGGUACCCCUACCGCCCGGACACCAUCACCAAUGGGCUCAUGGCCAGUGUCACCAUCACCACCACCAUUAUCCUUGUCUCAGCUGGGGAGGCAUACAUGGUCUACACCCAGCGCCUGUACUCCCAUUCCACCUUCAACAACUACGUGGCCGCAGUGUAUAAGGUGCUGGGAACCUUCCUGUUUGGGGCUGCGGUGAGUCAGUCUCUAACAGACCUGGCCAAGUACAUGAUCGGCCGUCUGCGGCCCAGCUUCCUGGCUGUCUGCAACCCCGACUGGAGCCGGGUCAACUGCUCUACGUAUGUGCAACUGGAAAAGGUGUGCCGGGGGAACCCAGCCAACGUCACCGAGGCCAGAUUGUCUUUCUACUCUGGACACUCCUCGUUUGGCAUGUACUGUAUGCUGUUCUUGGCGCUCUAUGUGCAAGCCCGGCUCUGCUGGAAGUGGGCACGGCUGCUGAGACCCACCAUACAGUUCUUCCUGGUGACCUUUGCCUUCUACGUCGGCUACACCCGCGUUUCUGACAACAAACACCACUGGAGCGAUGUCCUCGUCGGGCUCUUGCAGGGGGCACUGGUGGCUGGCCUCACUGUCCGCUAUAUCUCUGACUUCUUCAAGGCCCGGCCCCCACCCAGCUGCCCAGAGGAGGAGGAGGAGCUGGAGCGAAAGCCUAGAUCGACUCUGACACUGGGCGAGACUAGCUGCAACCAUUAUGGGUACCCAGUGUCGUCCUCCUGA